AUGGCUUGGGACGACCCCCCAAAGUCUUCCGCUCCAUGGCACGAUGCCAGGACUGAAGAGAUUGGGGACCUGGGGUGCGCGGCACCAAGCAAAGACGACAACCGACACCAGUGCAGACCAAUAGGAGCGGCUAGUACGCAAAGUCUACCGAGACGGGACGACAGUCUUGUCGAGGAGCCUGGCCAGAGGGAUAACGAUGACAUGCUAUACAAGAGAUUCGGCCGGCCGCCAACUUACUGUGACUCACGGAAGGACGUUCACAGAAAGAAGCACAAUUGGCUCUCCCUGUCGAUCCUAACGCUGUCGAUCUAUUCCACGGGCCUCAGCUGCCUCUGGUUCAUCGUGGCCAUCGUACAGCCGCGAUGGGGUCCACAGAUCUCGUCAAGCGGCGGCAUCCUCCCGUCGACGGCGUCCCUGGUAUGCGCCAUGUUUGCCAAGACGAUUGAAAUAUCCUUCGUAACUGUCUUUGUGACCUUUAUCGGCCAGGUCCUGACACGCCGCGCGUUCGUGAGGAAGUCCAAGGGCAUGACGCUGGCUGAGAUGACGAUGAGGAACUGGGUCAUUACCUGGAUUGACUCGAGAAAGCAACCUGGGUUCCUGAUUACGCACUCGGAGACACUUCCGUACGCUGGAAUGACGUUGCUUGGGAUGGUUUCUCUCAUUGCAACGAUCGCUUCAACGUUCUACACGACCGCGUCUGAUGCCAUGGUCGCUCCCAAGCUCAAAUACGGUGGUUGGGAGAGCAGGAUGCUGAGUGGCUACAUUUUGGCCUCCUACGCGAAUCCCCCUUUUGCCCGUGAGAGCUGCCAGACGCCACUGCGAGACAACGACCCCGCGGGCGUUGACACUGCUGGACGUGCUUGUCUCGAAGUGCAGUAUGCAGGACAGUCUUACCGAAACUUGAUGUCCUUCUUGGGUGACUGGGAUGCCAUCAACAGGAACGGCACAAGCGCCACCGUCGAUAUCUCACAUCGUCCCGUGGGCACAGCCCUUUUGUAUGACAACACGACGCUGACAUCGGCGUGGAUCGAGGUCGAGUUCAGCAACAUGACCAAGAGCUUCGAGGACCACGGCAGGAUCAUCAACAACGUCACUCUCGCGAUGCCUCACCCAAGCGUCUAUGACGCGGCCACGAACCCGGUGAACAAGAUCCUCCAGCCGAACGACUUGUCGGGUGUAGGAGAGUACGCCAUCAAGGCAAGCGUCGUAUCUCCUGCGCUCAACGUCAUGUGUGUCAACAUGUCGCCGGACGAACUUGCGCCGUUGGUCUAUACGGAGUGGCCUUUGGGCAAAAUCAACUCCAAUGACACGCUGGUUCCGGGUCAGAGGAUCGGCCCGCUGGACUGGGAGCAAUAUGUGCCUGGGCCGUCGGAGACGGAGUGGUUGAACCGGACGUCAGUGGAUAAUGUCUUCCGCUGGGGAGAGCAGUAUAAUCGACGACCGCCCGUGUUCCAACUUUACCCCGCCGACUUCAACAUGGUGACCAACACCACAGCGAUGAAUGAUGCCGUCUACAUCUUGAGCAAAUCGACAUCCGUCACGAACUACACCCUCUGCGAAAUGCGGUCGUGGGUAUCACCGUCCUGCUCGACGCACUUCAACAUCUCCGGCACGGCGGGAGCGCACAUGCAAGCCCACUGCGAGGACCCCGCGGACAAGGACAGAUACAAUCAUGUCCACCCAGAGGUCACAUUUUCCGUACCUGUGACUGACUGGAAGAACAUUGCAGACCAAUGGCGCCUAUCAAUGGACAUCAACGGCGGCGUCCAGAACAACAACGCCUCCAACGCCCGCAUCCUCACGCAACUCGUCCUCCAAGAGCCGCAACUCGAUCCCCUCCUCCCCUCCAUGGCCGAAGCCCUCGCUGUCUACGCCUCCUCGACACUCGUCAUCGGCGGCCACGGCACGCCCUUCGAGCACUACUGGCGGCACGAAAAGAUGCAGCUCGGCGCUCCAGGCAGCCUGGACCCGUUCCAAGCCUCGAUCCGCACGCAGGAGUACACCUCGGGCCACGUAGCGGAGUGGCAAAAGGUGUUCUACCUCGUCCUCGUCCUCGUCGUGGUCAUCAACGUCGUCUGCCUCGCCUACUUCCUCGCGCGGUCCGGGCUGGUCACCGACUUCACCGAGCCGCAGAACCUCUUCGCCUUGGCCGUCAACUCGCCGCCCAGCGAGCAGCUCAAAGGCAGCUGCGGCGGCGGGCCGGUAAAGCGCGACCUUGUGGUGCCGUGGCGCGUGGCCUACGCGAGCGGCUCGAACCACUACUUUUUCGAGGAGGCGAGCGACCGGCCGUGGCGGGGCAAGUAUGCCGGGCAGGACCUGUUGGCAGCGGACACGGCAUACCGCGGGCGGCAGCGGAGCAGCUACAACAGGCUGAGCACAAGCAAUUCGUGGCUGUGA